CUGGAAAUAUUCGUAAUAUUCAUCAAUUUGUUAAUAAUAUUUCUCAAUCAAAAGGUUUAAAUAAUUAUGUUCGAAGUGGAAAUAUUAAAAAAGUUUCUAAAGAACUGAUUAUGGAAUUUGAUUCCAUUAUGCAGGUUACGCAUUUUUCUUUAAUGGUUGACUUUGGUAAACAUGCUAAUCAAGUUAAUAAAAAGGUCAAGUCGGAUUUCUUAGAUUUAUUUCAGUACUUUCAAGCUAUUGCCAAAGGAGUGACUGGUGUGCAUCAACAAACCUUGGAUGUAAUCUUCCAAUUGAAUGCAAUUAAUGAGAAAGCGAGCCAAUUGAUGGCACAAAGUAAAUCCACAAUUAUUAAUAUAUCCGAAAGUGAUGAAUUACAAAAUUGGAUAAAAGACUCUACUGAAAGAGAAUUAAUUACAGAGAUUAAAUGGAAUGAUUUAGCUGGUAAUUCACGAGUUGAUUCGGGUCAUCGUGGUUUAGUAUAUAAAUCACAUUGGAAGAAAAUGGAUAAUAAAGAAGUUGCUUGUAAGAGACUUAUUUUAGACGAGUUUGAUGCUAUCCAACAUGAAAUACAAAUACUAAAUAGAGGGCAUGUUUGUGACAAUAUUAUCCGUUUUUUAGGAAUUACUCAAGAUCCGGAGAGUAAAGUUUAUUGUAUCGUUAUGGAAUAUGCUGAUGGUGGUGACUUGCGAGCCUAUCUAAAAAAAAAGAUUCAAACUCUUGGGUGGGACCAAAAGGGUCAUCUAGCCCUUGGAAAUCAAAUAAUUAAUAAAUAUUUUCUUAGCAUUCAAAAAAACAUCCUUAUACAUAACGGAGAUGCAAAGAUAACGGAUUUUGGAAACUCUAAAAGUAUUGAAACUCAAACAAAGAUUCACAAAGAUGUAUUUGGAAUGAUUCCGUAUGUGGCACCGGAAUUAUUUGAAUCUAAUGAACAACUUGCUCCAUAUUCGAUUAAAACUGAUAUUUAUCAUCCCAACUAA